CUACCGGAACAGCGCCAGCUGGUACUCGUUCCACUUGGCCUGGUAGGCGGGCUCCAGCUCAUCCCUCAUAAGCUCCGCCACCGCCCGGUUGUUGGUCUGGACUUCCUGCCGCACCUGCAGCAGCUCGAGGGGGGUGAGCUCAAAGACGGAGCUCUGCCCUGCCCAGUGCUCGCCGUGACCCGACACGCCGCCAAUGUUGCCCAU